AUGUGUAAAAUGGAUACCACUUGGUUUGCACAUUUUGAGAAAUGCCAGAAAUGUGUGAAAUUGCACAUAAUCUAUUUUGACGAUCCUGCCCUCGGCUCCGAUGAUCUCAAUCACGUCUCACAGAUGUUCAUUUCCGACAAAGCGGGGAAGAAUUGCCAUGAGCAUGACUUGGGGUUGGUCACUCGCAUGCAUGAUUCGAUCCAGUGCCUAUCGAAUCUCCCCUACAUCGCUCUUCUUCUUGACCUGAAUGCAAAACCAAAGCUCAGUGUCACGUUCCCAGAGAAGGAGCCAAAUCACGCUGAAACGGAUCGAUGUCUGCGGAUCUACGCUUCGGGAAUAAGCCAAACCACAUUUCCGUUCUUGAGCCAACAUCCCGAAGUUGCAAGCCGGCUGCGUGGGCUUGUCUCUCGGCAGAAGGAGGCACCAUCCCAAACCACUCUCGAACCCCUGGUGAAAUUUGGGAGUACUGCUAGGCUACGCAACUUGCAGUGGGAAUUACAAGAUGCAUGACUUUGUGACCUUGUAGUUUUGCAAUUCUUCAUUUCACCUUUUCACUUCGUCAGCUGUUGCAAUCCUCUACUCGGUGAUUGGUCAUCACAACUGAGUCGCUAUGGAGUUACUAGACGCAUUCCCCAAAUG